AUGGCACAGAACUCGUCCCCGGGUUUGGUCCCGAUCAUCAAUACCAGCGAUAAAGCAGGCUUCUCCAAAAUCUCCGAAGAUGACGAAUUUGAAGUCUCCUCCCCCACCGAUUUGACCUUCCGACAGUCGAACUCGGGUGCUGCACCCUCGGGCAGCUCUGCGUUCGGAGGCAGUGCAUUCGAACCCCACGGCACACACACCGGCGCCUCGCUAUUUAGUCGGAGUCCGUUCCAGGAAAACCAAGGAGAGGAAGGCGAGCAGGAAGGGGAGCUUGCCCCGCUUCCCACGCGAUCUGCACAGCAUGGAUUCCCCAGUAAUUAUGCGCUGGGCCGACGCACCUCUGUCUCCGCCGAAUCACUAAAUCCCACCGAGGCCGGCUCGGAGAGCUGGUCGCCCCCGCACCACCCCAAGACCGAAGAGCAAAUUUCUCGGCUCAAGAGCGCCGUCAGCAGCAACUUCCUCUUCUCUCACCUCGACGACGACCAAUUCACCACCGUCCUCAAUGCCCUCGUGGAGAAGCCCAUCCCCGCCAAGGACAUUAAGGUCAUUUCCCAAGGCGAUGCUGGUGAUUACUUCUACAUCGUGGAGGAUGGUAACUUCGACAUCUACAUUCACUCUUCGGGCUCCGUGCAGCCCGGCCCCGACGGUCUGGGUAACAAGGUCGCCUCAACUGGCCCGGGUGGCUCGUUUGGUGAGCUGGCUCUGAUGUACAAUGCUCCGCGUGCCGCGACGGUCAUUUCCACCGACGCCAAGAGCACCCUCUGGGCUCUGGAUCGUAUUACCUUCCGUCGCAUCCUCAUGGACUCGGCAUUCCAGCGCCGGCGCAUGUACGAGGCCUUCCUCGAGGAAGUUCCUCUCCUGUCAUCCCUGAAGUCCUAUGAACGUUCCAAGAUUGCCGAUGCCCUCGACACAAUCAAGUACUCGGCCAAUUCUACCAUCAUCCACGAAGGCGACCCAGGUGACGCUUUCUACCUCCUCGAGUCCGGCGAGGCCGAGGCCACAAAGAAUGGCGUCUCCGGACCAGUCAAGAACUAUACCCGAGGCGAUUACUUCGGCGAGCUUGCGCUGCUGGACGAUAAGCCUCGUCAGGCGAGCAUCACGACUAAGACGGACGUGAAGGUGGCGCGGUUGGGUCGGGAUGGAUUCAAGCGUCUUCUCGGGCCUGUGGAGGAGAUGAUGAGACGUGCUGAGUAUGAGUUGGAUGCGAGCAAGUCACCAGUUUCCAAAUGA